UAAUAUGUUAAUCAUUUUACUUCAAAGCUAAACAUGCCUCAACUCGUACCUGAACUGUAUUGCAAUAGAAUCAGCUAAAUUGGUUGGCUUCUUUUGCCUUACCGAGAGAGUUUGGUAUAAUUUACAUCGCACACAAAACGUCAGUGACUCCUAUUUCUGAAGAAGCCUUACAUGGCGGUCGCCGGCGCCGUAGAUGUUUCAAGCAGAACAUCACCGAUCAACAACCGAUUUCAAGAACUAAAAGCGUUCGACGAGUCGAGAGCCGGUGUGAAAGGCAUCGUCGAUGCCGGAAUCAAAAAGAUCCCGGGAAUGUUCGUCCGCCCCUCAGAUGAACUCGCCGGAGACUAUCCCAAUUCAGAUACCCAAUUCAAAAUUCCGGUGAUAGACCUCGGAGCUUCCGUCGAAAAGCGGGCCGCUAUUGUGGCGGGAGUCCGGCGGGCCUCCGAGACGGUGGGGUUCUUCCAGGUGGUGAAUCAUGGGAUAAGCGCGAGUGUGUUGGAUGAGAUGGUACUGGCGGCGCGUGAGUUCCACGAGCUUCCCAGGGAGGUGAAGAUGGAGUUCUACGCGCGGGGGAACAGCAGGAGUGUGCAGUUUGGGAGUAACUUUGAUUUGUAUCAGUCUCGGUCUGCUAAUUGGAGGGACACUUUGUUCUGUGUUAUGGGUCCUGACCCUCUUGACCCACUAGACUUGCAUCAGGCUUGCAGAGAUGCAACAUUGGAGUACUCAAAGCAAGUUAAGAGAUUAGGGACUACUUUGUUUGGUUUACUGUCGGAGGCACUUGGGCUCAAACCCGGCCACCUUGUUAGCAUGGAUUGCGCAAAGGGGCAUACAAUUCUGAGUCACUAUUACCCGGCGUGCCCUGAGCCGGAGCUGACUCUAGGCACUAGCAAACACUCUGAUCCUGAUUUUCUCACCAUACUGCUUCAAGACCAUAUCGGAGGGCUCCAAGUUCUUCAUCAAAACCAUUGGGUCAAUGUUCCUCCUGUUUCAGGAGCUUUAGUGGUUAACAUUGGAGAUCUUUUACAGCUAAUCUCUAAUGACAAAUUCAAAAGCGUAGAGCACCGAGUGUUGGCGAACCAUUUCGGUCCGAGAAUAUCCGUGGCAUGCUUUUUCACUCCUCACCUUUAUCCAUCAACAAAGAUAUAUGGCCCUAUCAAGGACUUGUUAUCAGAAGAUAAUCCUCCUAUAUACAGAGAAACCACAGUGAAAGACUUCAUUACCUACUACGAUUCGAAAGGACUUGAUGGGAAUUCUGCUCUAACACAUUUCAAGUUAUGAAGGGAGCCAGGCAAGUAUGUUCAUUAUAGCUUCGGAAUGUUAUAUGGCUGGAACCCUAGUUAGAUGUUCAAGUUGUAGGCAUUUACAUAAUUUUACUAGUCCUUUUUUUUUAUAUAGAAAUAUUAUUUGGGUAAUACUAGAAGUGCCCACUUUAAUUUCUUCUUCUUGUAGAAUUUUUAUACAGAUGUUUUCUCAUUUGUUGUUUUAAUAAAUUUUAUUUGUACCAAA